AUGACCAUGGGAAACCACGUGUGGCAGAAGGAAGGCUGGCAUGUGCGUGUGGCAGUGGUGGCAGUGGUGGCAUGUGCGUGUGGCAGUGGUGGCAUGUGCGUGUGGCAGUGGUGGCAUGUGCGUGUGGCAGUGGUGGCAUGUGCGUGUGGCAGUGUGGCAUGUGCGUGUGGCAGUGGUGGCAUGUGCGUGUGGCAGUGGUGGCAUGUGCGUGUGGCAGUGGUGGCAUGUGCGUGUGGCAGUGGUGGCAUGUGCGUGUGGCAGUGGUGGCAUGUGCGUGUGGCAGUGGUGGCAUGUGCGUGUGGCAGUGGUGGCAUGACAGGCAUGCAUGCAUGCAGCACGUGCUCUGUACACUGCACUCCGUCCUGUCCCUCCCUUCUCCACUUCUCGCCCUCCCAUUCCCCCUCAUUCCUCUCUCGCCCCAUACCCCAUGCCCCGUGCGCGUUGCCCUCGUACCCCGUUAUGGCAGCGCGGGCGCGGGUGGAGGCGGAGCAGAGGGCGGGCAAGGCGUGGGCGGUGCUGCAGCGGCAGCAGCAGUGGGGCGAGGGCGAGGGCGCAGGCAGCGUGGCGGGGGAGGCGGUGCGCGCCGGCACAGUGGUGACAGUGGGGGAUGUGGAGGCCAACCUCACUGCCUCGCCCUCUGAUGCCCGUGGGCGUAUCUGUCCUUGUGUGCUUCAGUCAGCCCCAUCUGACAUCCCUUGUCACAUGCCAGGUUCUUCCCCAAUCGCCAUUCUUCCCUUCCCAUACCCCCCCUGCACCAUGCUACCCCCGUGCCCACAUGCCGCACCUCCCCCACCCCGGCCAGCGCACGUGGACUCCUUCCACCGCCUGCUGCUCUACCUGCGCCCGCUCUCCUCGCUCUUCUCGCUGCCCCUCGCUGCCCUCCUCUCCCCCAACGACACCCACCCACUCGCCCCUCGCCUGCAAUCCCUCAUCGACGCCACGUCAGCACGCCUGCAAGCCGCCUCUGCCAGCCUGGCGGCGGCCCAGUCAGCCUUGGAGUGGUCGGAGCGGCGGCUGUGGCUGCGGUGUGGCGUGAAGGCCGGGGCCACGGUGUGGGAGGAGCGGCACGACGGCGAGCUGCAGCGGUACAGAGCGGUGGCGGGGGCAGCGUUUGACAAGUGGUGUGUGGCGUGGGGAGAGGCUCGCCCCUCUCACCGCCUCACGGUUGCCCUCACUGCCCCGCCUCACCUCUGGUGGCGCGGCGGCUUGUGGGAUGGCGAGCAAGGAGCAGCUGGGGCGGAGGGUGGUGCUGCAAGCGAGAGAGGAGGGGGGGUGGAUGCAGGCAGUGCAGCAGGCGAGGGGGAGAGGGAUGCUCCCGAGAUCUCCUUUCUGCUGCUGGCAGAUCCAGGAGCAGCGCAGCCUGCGGUGGUAGCAGUGGCGCCAGAGCAGGUGGUGCAGCGUCUUCAUGCCUGCGCCUCCACACUGCCUCGCAUGCGCCCAGCAGCAGCAGCAGCAGCAACAUCAGCACCCAACCCCACCCCAGAUGCUGAAACUUCUCCUUCCAUUCCUCACAUGGGCCCUCCCCUAGCGGAGCUGCUGCUGCUGCUGCCACCCGUCAGCACCCACGCAGGGCAGCAGGGCGACGAGCAGGGCGAGGGGCAGCCAAGCGACAAACAAUGGGGCGAGGGGCAGCAGGCAGGUGGGGUGGAGGCGUGGCAAGCGGCGGGUCGCAGCAUUGACCCGCAGCUCAUGCUCGUGCUGCCGCUCGUGGCGCCUCAUGCUCAUGGUGCUGCCGUGCAGGUGAGCGGCGCAGAGGGUGGUGGCGGCGAGGCGGCAGAGGGCGGUGCGCGUGCAGCGGGGAUGGCCCCGAUGUCGGAGUGGGAGGGAUUCGAGCUGCUGGCCCGCGCAGCCACUGGCCGCCUGCUGCUCCUGCUGACGUGGCGGGACCUGCCAGCUGUGAUGCAUGGGGAGGGCGAGGAGGGGUGCGAGUGGCUGGAGCAGCUGACUGCAGGGAUGGCCGAGGAUGGGCGCAUGGGGGUGGUGGGCGUGCGGACAAGCAGAGUGGAGAGGGGCGUGGGGAGGGCAGAGGAGGAGAGGGGGGGCAGGCAAGGAGAAUUGGAGGGGGAGGUGGGUGGUGGGGCAGUGGUGGCAGCAAUGGCGCAGUGGGGUGUGGUGGGCAAGGAGGGAAAGGACGGGGCAGGUCUGAGUGGGAGUGGUGAUGCAGGCAAGGGGGCGGCAGGGGGCAGAGAGGAGGCAGGGAGGCGCCUCACAGGCUACGUGGACGGCACUCCCCUGCUUGUGCGCCGCCACGCCCUCAUGACACUUGGCGGGCUGGGAUUGGCUCCCGGAGCACCAGCUGCAGGCGCGGCAGCAGCAGUGGCAGGUUGGGCUCUGUGCACGCGCAUGUGGCUGGCUGGAUUCAGGGUGAGGGCAAUGCGCGCAUUCACGGGACACACUUUGGGGCCUUUUGGAUGA